CACAUAUACCUCAGCAAGUUUUCACCUUCUCUUUAACAAAUAGUUUUCUUAAAUCAUAAGAAGUUCAUCCAAUUUCUAGUGUCAAAGGUGUAAGAUAACAAAUGGGACCCUUUGAAGUCUGAAACUAGACGAAAGUCAGAAAAAAUGAGUUUUAAGUCCCACAUUUGAAUUCAUGAGCCAUACUAUAAUAUUUAAAUUUCCAUGCCUAUCACAUAAUCUUGUUUUGGUUGAUACUGCUUAAAAAUAUUUAUCUUGGUGCUACCAAAACGACAUGGGUAAUUCUCGGUUUCUGGGACUAUACAUCACAAUAUGUGUACUAGCUUUUGUUAUCUCAAAGAUCAUUAUAGCAAUGCUUUGCUAUAGACGAUGGAAACGAAAGCAGUUGGUGAUUCAAGAUAGCUUCUCUGGUGGAAAAUUGGUGUUGUUUAGAUCAACAAAGAUAAAGUCCCUAAAAUCGAACAUUUUCUUGAAAAAGACUAUGAAUCUGACCAGCAAGGAUAGAAUAGGAUCUGGAGGGUAUGGCACAGUUUAUAGACUGACAAUAAACGACUCGAUGUCUUUUGCUGUGAAAAAGCUAAGCAGAGACACUACAGAGCAUGAUCGAGGUUUUGAGAGAGAGCUGGAAGCCAUGGGAGAUAUAAAGCAUCGUAAUAUUGUUAGUCUUUAUGGUUAUUACAGCGCGCCCAAUUUCAAUCUGCUGAUAUAUGAGUUGAUGCCUAAUGGAGGUUUGGACUCAUUACUACAUGGAAGAACGAUGGACAUGGUCCUAGACUGGGAUGCAAGAUACAAAAUAGCAGUAGGUGCUGCAAGGGGAAUAUCAUAUCUUCAUAAUGAUUGUAUUCCUCAUAUUAUUCAUAGAGAUAUCAAAUCGAGCAACAUUUUGUUAGACGGAAACAUGGAGGCUCGAGUUUCUGAUUUUGGGUUAGCCACACUAAUGGAGCAAGACAAGACUCAUGUCUCCACUUUAGUAGCCGGGACUUUUGGAUACUUAGCCCCUGAAUAUUUUGACACCGGAAGAGCAACAACAAAAGGGGAUGUAUAUAGUUUUGGUGUUGUUUUACUGGAGCUUUUAACUGGGAGAAGACCAACAGAUGAAGCAUUUAUCGAGGAGGGAACUAAGCUUGUAACAUGGGUGAAAGCAGUAGUUAACGAUAAGAAGGAAGAAUAUUUUCUUGAUAACAGAUUAGAGUGCUACCCAAUAGAUGAAAUUAACGAUGUAUUUAUGAUAGCACUAAUGUGCCUAGAAACAGAUCCAUCCCAAAGACCAAACAUGUCAGAAGUUGUAAAGAUGCUAGAAAAGAUUAAACCGGAUCACAUUGUUUGA